ACGUCAAUAUGCCGCUGUGGAGGACGAGACUUGCCCUGUGGAUUCGCGAGAACCCUUAUUUCGCACCGCUUUUCUUUCGCCUGACACUGAGCUUGGUUCUAGUUCUCUACCUGAGCCUAGGGGCGUCGGUGUUCAUGGUCCUGACCAGCGGCGAUGAAGAUUGGGACGUUUCCACCGUGGCCGAGCUGAGGAACAGGACUGCCGAGCGUCUGAUUAGCAAGCUGAAGACGCUAGCAUCGAGGCACGAGACCUGGAAUCGCGCCGUGAUUGAAUAUCUGGUCGAAUACGACGAGAGAAUGUCCGGCGUCGACUACAGGGGAUGUUAUGCGGCCGGAACAGAACCGUGGUCGUUUUCCGAUGCCAUGCUCUUCAGUCUGGUCCUUUUGACGACGUCAGGUGGUUACGACUACGCCAAGACUUCGGCUGCCGUAAAAGGAGCCAUCAUGGCCUACGUCUGCUUCGGAGUUCCGCUCGUCUUUGGCUGGCUUCUGCUGCACGGCAAGACGGUUGCGCAGACAUGGCUUCUAGCGUGUGUGAACGCCUACAGGCUCCUCGCGGGCCUGAGAAAACGUUUCCGGAGCGUUAGUCCAGGAACAGAGUCGGAAGAUGGAGUUCCCGCAGCACUACCGUCAACGCUGUUCCGUCCAGAACUUACGAUCGUGGCCGGUCAUCUGAGCUACGCGCAACUAGCGUCCAAAGAGCACAACCACAGAAUUCGCGUCGUCAGUGUUGGAACUCCGCAGGGCACGACCGUGGUGGUGAACCGGCAAGCGCUUACCGCCGCUUCCGCGGCGCUUUUCGGUGUCUUUCUCCUCUACGUACUCUUCGGUGCCGGUGCCUCCACGGGCUCGGGACAGUCAAUGUUCGACGGCCUGUUCUGGAUCUUUCUCCAGUUCACGACGACGAGCUCAAACCCUUACGCAACCUUCGGUACGCGCCCGGGCGCUCGAGGUGGUUGGGCGCUUUACUAUGCCGUGGGAGCUCUUCAGCUGGCGGCUUUAGCCUACAUGGCAUUUAUGCUGGUCACGUGGAAGUGUGCGUUUUGCGCCGACAGUUGGACGGCACACUCUACACAGGCCUAAAAGAAAGGCCCUACACGCCUGGCUUCGCACUAACAAUCCGCCUUUUUCACGGUGGCACAAGCGCAUGCGCCCUUCUCCUAGCGGGAAAGUCGCGCAACGCUGUGGUAGAGUCUCCGCACGCCUUCCGAUCUCGGUUGUUCCGGGUCACCCUGCAAAGCUCCGUCUUCCUACCAAAACGGCAGAUGGCAGCACGCACGCACGCACACGCACACAUUUUGCAAUUGAAACUCGCUAUUUGCAGCGGUUACAUAAGGUCACGCACCCGCGGAGCAACUGUCAUGCUGGCGGCAUCUGGCGACCGACAACGUUU